AUGCAUGACCCUGAACGCAUCAAUUUCAAAUCGAAAGAAGGAUGCUCAAAACAAACCCUUUCUUACACAACGAACAGAUUCAACAGCGACUCGCUCAAAACUAUCACAAUGAAAUUUCAAUAUGUAGAUCUUCCAAAUGUAUUUCCAAGAAAAUCGACCAGUUCAGCUUCAAUAUUUCUUCUUUACUUUGAUAAUGCCGUUGACCAGUUUGUCUCCCUCAUCAUUUCUGCGGGUCAGCUACUUCUUGAAGUUCAAGCCACGCUUAUAUGA